CAUUCCAAUAUGGAGGGGUGGGCGAAGAUCUCAUGUUAGAAAACUAGGAAAAGGGGGGAUUCCCGGUUGUCUCUCGCAACGACAGUUAUUGUGGAGCAUUUAAAUGGGAAUAAAGAUCUUUAGUGUACAUUACAAAGAGGAAUCAGGUGAGUUUUCCUCUGCACCCUCCCCCACAAGCGCUCGUGGUGCUGGCUCCGCUCCGGCUCCGCUCCAGCCCAGCCAAGCUCCGGGGUCGCCACGGACCGGCGCUGACUGGGGUCAACUCAAGGCAUGCAAGUUGUAAGAAACGCGGGGUCUUUGCUCUUGCGGUCAUGGUUUUGGCCACCGCCGACCAGGGUCGUGGCCGGAGUGCCGGCCCCCACCAUCCACACCUGCGCCCAGCAGAUGCAAGACGCAGCGGCCAAGCAGGAAGUUGAGGAGAAGGCGGAGGCUCCGGCUCCGAGCCGCAGCCGCUUCAGAAAUGGAUUCUCAGGCCCCAGCCAGAAGUCCGAGGUGGCGUCUACGCAUCAGAAUCACGUGAUCCUGCUGUUCGGCCAGCGUGGACAACCACUGGUUUGGGGACAAGAGAGCUCUCUGAGGUGGGCAGGAAAGAAAUUUGAGGAGAUCCCAAUCGCACACAUUAAAGCAUCAUACAACAACACACAGAUCCAGGUAGUCUCUGCCGCUCACCAGCCCCUUGCCCACGCUUCCUGCGGCACAGAGGGAUUUCGGAAUGCCAAGAAGGGCACGGGCAUUGCAGCACAAACAGCAGCCAUAGCUGCGGCGGCGAAAGCUACGAGGAAGGGCGUGACCCACGUCCGCGUUGUGGUGAAAGGCCUGGGGCCAGGACGCUUGUCUGCCAUCAAGGGACUGACCAUGGGGGGCCUGGAAGUGAUCUCAAUCACAGACAACACCCCCAUCCCGCACAACGGCUGCCGCCCCAGGAAGGCUCGGAGGCUGUGAGGGGCAGGAAGCCUGCACCUGAACCUGACCUCAAGUCCCACCUCCAGCUGGGCCUCAUGGAAAGCACACUGUCAGAACUCUCUCCAGGGAGGGCUUGUUGAAGACCCUUCAGGCAAUAAGGGAGAACUCUGCCUCCUUAAGUGGUGGCCUUUGCUUGUUCCUUUGACUGGAGACCAGUGUGCCCAGAAGUGAGGCCAUGCCUCUCUUGGACAGAAGGGGAGCUACAGGGGCAGCUGUGGCCCAGACUCCAACCAGUAAAUGCUGCAUCUGCUCUGAAAAAAUAAAAAUAUCUCCACCAUAUG